GCAGUCUUUUUUUUUACUAUUCUACUAUUCUAACCGAAAACGUGCACAAAGAUGUCCACUGCAGGAAAGGUAAUCAAAUGCAGAGCAGCUGUAGCCUGGGAACUCAAGAAGCCAUUUGUCAUUGAGGAAAUUGAAGUCGCCCCACCAAAAGCUCAUGAAAUUCGUAUUAAGAUUUAUAACAGUGGCAUUUGUCACACUGAUAAUCAUGCCUUGGUCGGUGGUAUGGCUGGAGUCAAAUUCCCAAUAAUCUUGGGACAUGAAGGAGCUGGAAUUGUAGAGAGUGUUGGGGAAGGUGUGAAGUCUGUGAAGCCAGGAGACCAUGUUAUUCCGCUUUGCAGCCCGAUGUGUAUGGAAUGUCCCUGCUGCCUGCACCCCGACAGCAACUUCUGUGUAAAGAAUGAUGUCGGCAAGAACGUUGGACUCAUGCUUGACAAAACCAGCCGAUUUUCUUGCAAAGGGAAGCUGAUCCACAACUUCAUGUCCUCAAGCACAUUCACAGAAUACACCGUUGUGGAUGAAAUUGCUUGCGUCAAGAUUGAUCCUAAGGCUCCUAUGGACCAAGUGUGCCUCAUUGGCUGUGGAUUUUCAACUGGCUACGGAACUGUACUGAACACAGCCAAAGUACCGCCUGGUGCCACAUGUGCUGUGUUUGGCUUGGGUGGAAUCGGUAUGUCUGCCGUGAUGGGCUGCAAGGUGUCCGGUGCUAAGAGGAUUAUUGGCAUUGACAUAAACAAAGGCAAGUUUGCCAUAGCAAAAGAGCUUGGUUGUACAGAAUGCCUGGAUCCAAAUGAUUUUGACAAACCCAUCCACGAAGUUAUUGUGGAAAUGACCAAUGGAGGAGUUGACUAUUCUUUUGAGUGUAUUGGAAAUGUUGAAGUCAUGGCCUCAACUAUUUUGGCCAGUCAUUAUUCUUAUGGAGUGGCUAACAUUAUUGGAGUGCCUCCGUCCACUGCAAGACUUUCCAUUGAUGUAAUGUGGCUGCUGACUGGACGUACCCUGAAUGGAGCAUUCUUGGGAGACUGGAAAGCCCCAGUAUCUUUCCCUGGCUUGGUACAAGAUGCUAUGAAAAAGAAAUUUGACCUUGGAGCAUUGGUGACCCACAAACUCCCAUUUGAAAAGAUCAAUGAGGGCUUCGACCUAAUGAACCAUGGCAAAUGUAUUCGCACAGUUUUGGACUUCUAAGGACAUACAAAUGACUUUAAUUCAUCCAGAAGUCCAUUUUCACUUUCAUUUGUAGUAUCUGUAUUUGUAUGUGUUGCUUUUGUUUAUCAUAAUAGCCGCUAAUGGAUUAAUCUGUUGCAAAUCAAGACUUUAUUAAUGUUCUGAUAUAAUUUGCUUAGAUUUCUAUAGCUCAAGCUGUUUGAAAUAAUUUGCUCUUUACUUGAAAUAUACAAAAAUAAAGGCAUGGUUUUGGUGUGCAAAAAGUUUACUAUAUUAAUCUUAAUAAUUAAUUGUAAUAUGGAAAAACCAUAUUAUGGUUCUUAUGACUGAGUUUGUUCAUCUCUUUAAUAGUUAAUGAGGU